ACAAUUUGGCGGUUUAAAAAAACAAAAAUGGUGGGAAAAUGGUAAUUCGCACAAUAAACCAAAACAAGCUCGUAAAAGCGUAAAAGAGCACAGCACAAGACAAACAAGAGGCAAGUCGAACGAGUCAAAAG